CCCCGCUCCGGAUUGGCCCGGCUCGGCGCGGCGUUUACUCCCGCGGCUGCUCUGCCGCCGGGGCUGCUGACGUCGCCGCCCCUGUUCCGCCGGCUGCCCAUUGGUCCAGGUCAGGCCCCGACACCCCACCCCUCAGCCGGCCGGGUUAGCCCGCCCUCCCCGCCGUGGAUUGGCCCGUGGCGGGACCCGUCGGUCGCAGUUGUGUCUGGGAAGGAGAGAAAAUGGCGGCGGAACCGAGCAAGACCGAAAUUCAGACUCUUUUUAAGAGGCUUCGCGCAAUUCCAACCAACAAGGCCUGUUUCGACUGCGGCGCCAAGAAUCCGAGUUGGGCCAGCAUCACGUAUGGUGUUUUCUUGUGCAUUGACUGCUCUGGGGUGCACCGCUCCCUGGGCGUCCAUCUCAGCUUCAUCAGGUCCACAGAGUUGGAUUCCAACUGGAACUGGUUCCAGCUGCGGUGUAUGCAGGUCGGCGGGAAUGCCAAUGCGACUGCUUUCUUCCGCCAACAUGGAUGCACGGCCAACGAUGCCAACACCAAAUAUAACAGCCGAGCCGCCCAGAUGUACCGGGAGAAGAUCCGGCAGCUGGGGAGCGCAGCCCUGGCUAGGCAUGGCACUGAUCUUUGGAUAGACAAUAUGAAUAGCGCUCCUAGUCACUCCCCGGAGAAGAAGGACUCUGAUUUCUUCACAGAACAUACUCAACCCCCUGCCUGGGAUGCGUCAGCCACUGAGCCUUCAGGGACGCAGCAGCCUGCCCCGUCUGCAGAGAGCAGUGGCCUGGCACAGCCAGAGCACGGCCCGAACACAGACCUGCUUGGCACCUCACCCAAAGCCGCUCUGGAGUCCAUGUAUCUGUCGGCUAACGGGGCCCUUCCUGCCAGAGAACUGAAAAGCUCCAUCAUUGGCAAGAAGAGGCCAGUAGCAGCUAAGAAAGGGCUGGGUGCCAAGAAGGGCCUAGGGGCUCAGAAGGUAAGCAGCCAGAGCUUUAGCGAGAUUGAGCGGCAGGCCCAGGUGGCAGAGAAGCUCCGUGAGCAGCAGGCAGCUGAUGCCAAGAAGCAGGCCGAAGAGUCCAUGGUGGCCUCCAUGCGUCUGGCCUACCAGGAGCUCCAGAUUGAUCGUAAGAAAGAGGAGAAGAAGCUGCAGAAUCUGGAAGGGAAGAAGCGAGAGCAGGCAGAGAGGUUGGGCAUGGGCUUGGUAUCGCGAAGCUCUGUGUCCCACUCGGUGCUGUCUGAGAUGCAGGUGAUCGAGCAGGAAACCCCAGUGAGUGCAAAAUCCUCUCGCUCGCAGCUGGACUUGUUUGAUGAUGUUGGUACUUUCGCCUCUGGACCCCCAAAGUACAAAGACAACCCGUUUUCCUUGGGGGAAAGUUUUGGUUCCCGCUGGGAUACAGAUGCUGCCUGGGGUAUGGACAGGGUAGAGGAAAAGGAGCCAGAAGUGACCAUCUCAAGCAUCCGGCCUAUUUCAGAAAGAGCCACAAACCGGAGGGAAGUGGAAAGCCGGACCUCAGGCCUCGAGUCCAGUGAAGCACGUCAGAAAUUUGCAGGAGCCAAAGCCAUCUCCUCCGACAUGUUCUUUGGGCGGGAGGUAGAUGCUGAGUAUGAAGCCAGGUCUCGGCUACAGCAGCUCUCAGGCAGCAGCGCCAUCAGCUCUUCAGACCUCUUUGGGGACAUGGAUGGAGCUCAUGGAGCAGGAAGUGUAUCUCUGGGGAGUGUGCUCCCUACAGCUGACAUUGCCCAGUUUAAGCAGGGUGUCAAGUCUGUGGCUGGGAAAAUGGCUGUGCUGGCCAACGGUGUGAUGAAUUCGUUGCAGGAUCGCUACGGUUCCUACUGAUGCAAGCUCCAUGGCUCAGGUGUAUGGUGGUGACAGCAGCCAGAGCCCAUGAUUCCCAGGCCAGGGAUGCUUGCCUUGUGGAAGCCAGGGAGGAUUUGUUACUUUUUAUGUGUGGUGUGUGAGUGGGGUGGCCUUAGAGGAUCUUGGGUGAGGGAAAUGGUCAGUACCAGCCCAUGUCCUCUGCCUGUGGAUUGAGCCCUUUGUUCUCUUACCCUCACACCCCCUCCUCCGUGUGUUAGAUUAUUGUCCUUCUAAUUCUGCCCCCAAAGCUGCUGCUCACUUGUCCUGCCACACUGGGAGUGAGGGGAGGGCGUUCUCUUGGGAUAGCUUAUUCUAGGUCCAGUUCUUCCCCAAGUAGGGAAAAUGAAAAGUGUAAAGCGUGUUUGCUGGCUCUAGGAUCCUUCCAGGUAGUCUGAGGGCUUGGGCCUCUGGAACCGGGGGGAGGCCUAGGAAGAGUUCUACUGUAGACCAGUCCCCCAGGGGAGAGAGGCUCUGGACUUGCUGCUCCUGUUGCUGCUGCUAGGGGCCUCUUCUGGGUACCGGGAGAGGGGAGGGGAGGGGAAGGAUCUUCAUCGGGGCCUUACCAAGGGCUAGAAACUUUAACUGGUACCUAAAGGUUUCAUUUAGGAUCAGACUGGAGGCCCAAGUGAUCCCUGUAUCACCACCCCUUUUUUCAGUAAUCCCACUUGGAGGAUUAUUUCUCCUAGGUGUCUCAAAGUCCUGCCAUAUCAUCUACUGUGGACCACAGGACCCUCUGUCCCCUCCUGAGACUUUCUCUGUUCCUUCCCCUGGUCGGUGGCCAUGGUGGAUCUCCUCUGCUGUGUCCCGACUCGAUGCUGUGAGUGUAAUACUGGCCAAGGAAGCAGAGGACAUGAGGGAUAGAAGCAGGCUCCUGGGGCUCAACUUUCUUCCUGUGCAUCAUCCUGGGCUCAGGGGGGCCUGGACAGCACCCUACCCGCGAGAGCUUGAGGGCCUACAGAGCUGCAGGCCUCACCCUCUGGCAGCUGGGCCACGCACUGUGUCAUUCUUGGUGCCAUCUUCCCCUGCCAUGCUGGCAGUCUGGGCCCAACCUUCACCUUUGGGUUGUAGGUUGGACUCCCCAGCAACACAGACCACUGUUCCCCCACCCCUCCCUCAGAGGGACAUGACUUUCUUUCUGGACUGUUUGUAUUGAAACAAAGUGGUGUCAAAAUAAAGCCCCCACGGGGCCCUGGGUCCCCGCUGGUCUGAAUGAA